AAAACAUUAAACCAGAGAUGUGAAGAAACCGGUUAAAUAUUAACCAAAACUCAAUCGAGUUUCUGUGCAAAACCAUAGGAAAUUAGGAAUCAGAGAGAUAAAACUUGUGGAACCUACCGAAGUCUGAAUCUCGACCAGAUCAAAAGCAAACACAACGAGAAGUAGAACCUAAACCUUCUUUGUCGGUGAGAUUCAGACAUGGCUCCUGUCGGUCCUCGUUCCGGUGAUGCCAUCUUCUCCAGCAUCGAUCGCGUGAACGCAGAGUUGUUCACGUUGACGUAUGGUGCAAUCGUGCGCCAGUUGCUUACUGACCUCGAAGACGUCGACGAAGUCAACAAACAGCUUGAUCAAAUGGGAUACAACAUUGGAAUCAGACUUAUCGAUGAGUUUCUUGCCAAAUCUGGCGUUUCCAGAUGCGUUGAUUUCAAGGAGACUGCUGAAAUGAUUGCCAAGGUGGGUUUCAAGAUGUUUUUGGGGGUCACUGCAUCAGUGUCAAGCUGGGACGCGGAUGGGACUUGCUGCAGUAUAAUCUUGGAAGACAAUCCACUCGUUGAUUUCGUGGAGCUUCCCGAUACUUGCCAAGGCCUUUACUACUGCAACGUCCUAAGUGGAGUCAUUAGAGGCGCUUUGGAAAUGGUGUCAAUGAAGACAGAAGUGACAUGGACGCGUGAUGCUCUUCGAGGGGAUGAUGCUUAUGAAUUGCAGGUGAAGCUACUGAAGCAAGUCGCUGAGGAGUAUCCGUACAAGGAUGAUGAAUAAAUGGUCACUCACUCCUAUGUCUAGUCUCUUUCUCUAUGGCUCUUUUUUCUCUUCCAGAAACACAAACUUUAAGCUUUGAAACUAAACACUGUUUUAUGUUUGGCACAAACUGAUUAAUCCAUUUCUUAGCUGUUUUAUAAA